AUGUAUUCAAAAAAUCGAACGCAUCAUUCCGAGGUGAACGUCCAAUCCGGGCUCCUAACAUUUGGCGCCAUAUGGGUUGCAGCAGCAGCAGGCAUUAGUGCGCCAUGGAACUACACCAUGAUUCGCUUCUUCAUCGGCUGCGCUGGUGCUACGUUCGUCACGAACCAGUUCUGGUGCUCCUUGAUGUUUGCCCCGAAUGUCAUCGGAACGGCAAAUGCCACGGCUGCCGGAUGGGGCAAUCUUGGCGGUGGUGUGACGCAAAUUUUUAUGAUGAGUGUAUUAUUCAAUCCCAUGGUUGAGUCUGGGAUUGCUCCUGAUACCGCGUGGCGUCUGGCCAUGAUUGUGCCCGCAGUGAUGUUCCUGAUCGUUGCUCUGAGCCUGAAGCUCCUAUGCUGGGACACCCCCACCGCCAGGCGCUUCGACGUAUCCGUCACUGGAAAGACGCAGAAACCAUCCAUGAUGGACUAUUGCGUCGUGCUCAAGGACGUUCGCGUGGUUGUUAUGAUCGCCCAAUAUUCAGCGUGCUUCGGAGCAGAAUUAGCGAUGAACAAUCAACUUGCGACGCAUUUUCGCACCUAUUUCCAGAUGGCAGCUGCGGAUGCUUCCGCAUUGGCAGGCUCCUUCGGCCUCAUGAACCUUUUUGCUCGCUCGCUCGGCGGGAUAACUAGUGACCUGCUCUUCAAGAAGUUUGGUUUCCGUGGGCGCAUUUGGGCGCAGUUCUUGUCCCUUUUUUUCGAGGCGGUGUUCCUUUUCUGUUUCGGAUUGGUGGACAAUAGUCAGCCGUGGUAUGUGGCUUUGGCCGUGCUGCUGUGCUUUAGUCUGUUCGUGCAGAUGGCGGAAGGUACUAGUUAUGGCAUUGUACCUUUCAUGAAUAAGCAACAGCUUGCCAUAGUUUCAGCGCUGGUUGGGGCUGGCGGAAACCUUGGUGCGGUGAUCGCCGGCUUUGGCUUCUACCGCCCCAUUGAGGAUCCCUUGCUGCCCUUCCAGAUUCACGCUGGCUAUGUGAUGUUUUGGACUCUGCUGACACCGUGCUACUACUGGGCAGAGCACGGAGGCAUGUUCAGCGGACCUGCAGUGAAAGCGGCGUCCAAGCCAGAGGGGGAGACGUCCGUGUGA